UUGUUGAUGUGAUUUUCUUAUUUUCUACAGAAACGCUGGUUAUAACUGAAACAAAAGUGCCGCAAUAUGUCACAGGAUUUCUGGUUACAGAAUUAUGAUGCAGCUUGCCGGAUGGCUCAAGAAAUUGCAGAACACAUCCAUGAAAGAAACAGACUGCAAAGAACUGGAGGAAAUCCAGCCAAGCUGAACAUGACCCUGAGAGCAUCAUUACAGAAGCUCAAACAGAAUAUAGCACAGCUCAGGGACACGUUGAAUCGAGCUGCUGUUCAAAGGCAGAUAAUGCAAGCUGAAGCAGACAGAAGACAAAACCUUGUUGACGAUCUUGCUACCAGAGAAACAAGACUAAACGCCUCUUUCAAAGGAGACAUCUCAGAAGCGGAGCCAGCAAGGUCAAGUCUGAUGACAGGAGGAAAUGGGUCGGGACCGGCAGUGAACCCGUGGCUGAUUAAUGAGUCUGAGGAGACCAGAGGACUCGGCUUUGGAGAAAUCAAACACCAACAACAGCAGAUUAUCGAAGCUCAGGAUGCUGGCCUGGAUGCUCUGGCUGCAGUCAUAAGUAGGCAAAAACAGAUGGGUCAGGAAAUCGGCAAUGAGCUAGAAGAACAGAACGACGCCAUAAAGCAUCUAAUCGGUAUUCCCGCCGCCCAGGCCGCAGUGCUGCUUAGUGGAUCUUGGCUUUGAUAUGGCGUGAUACAUCUGGAAUGAAUGUGUGCUUGUGACAGUCGUGUGCUGCAUGGUCCCACAUUAAACAUCGGUGGCAGGAAUUCCCAGACGACAGGAAGAAGUGAUCUAGAGCCCUGCAAACUGUGUGACCAAGAUGAGCGGUGAACGCUUUACACCUCUCGUUGCAUUCUAGAUACUUUUUCGCAUGUCAAGACACAAGACAGAUUUGUUUUGAGAAAAAUAUGCUUUGGGUCUGAACAAAUGUCUUUGUUUUGAAAAGGAAGGAAGUUGCAUUUACAGACGCGAAUUGAUGUCAGUGCACUCAUGUGUUAUGAAUGAUGGCGAGAUGUAGAACUCGAUAAUUUUCUACAGAGUAUCGAAUGAGACGACAGAUUGAGCACAUGGUGUUUUCACAACACGGAGGAAUUUAGCGUAUUAAAAAUGAGAUGUAAUGUAAUGAAACUUUAAUGGUAGUCCAGAGCGUUCAACAAACACAUUAUCUAUCAGUAAGGUCUCAUUAGCUAGAAGAGAAACGUAGUCAUCCU